CGAUGCAUAUAUAGGUACCACCUCUCCUCCUCCUCGCCGUUCCCUUUCUCGAUUUCACUGCACGAGUCACUCCGCCCGCUUUAGUGCGUGCGUCUUCAUCGACUGCCUCCCAUCAUCGUCACCAGCACACUCUCGGACAUCACCAUAACCAUGGUCGACUGGCAAUCUGAAGCCGAGAUCGCUCAAGAUGGAGUGGCGUUCGGCCGGUUUAUGCAUACGCUGCUCGGGCUGUACAUCUGGGAAUGGGCCACAUCCCUUGACUUUGACUGGGAGUUCAUCUCAGGCAAGCGCAAGUUCCGAUGGCCGAUGAUAUUCUACUUCGCCGGUCGCUAUUUCCUGCUGUUCGCCCUGAUAGGCAUAGCGAUCGCGUUGAACGUAUCCAAGCCGAUUAAUUGUCAAGCCUUGUAUACCUAUAAUCAGGUAUUUGGCAACGGCGCGAUCGGCCUCGCCAGCAUCAACCUCUCCCUGCGCACCAUGGCCGUCUGGUCGCAGGCCUGGUACAUUGUCGUCCCCCUCGUCGCCAUCAUUCUCGGUCACUGGUCGCUGCUGCUGCACGGCAUUCUCAUCAAGGCCGCGUGGAUCCCGGGCUCGGGCUGCACGAUCACCAAUACGGACAACACGCUCCUCGCGGCGACAUUCAUUUACUCCAUGUGCUUCGACUUCCUCGUGCUCAUACUCACCGCGUACAAGCUAGCGUUCCCGACGCGCCGCAGGGACCAAAGCCGUAUCGUGCAGCUCAUCUUCGGAGAUGGGCUGAUCUACUUCAUGAUUGCAUUCCUUGCCAACCUGCUGGCUACGAUCUUCAUGCUGCUUGAUCUCAAUGCUGUCAUGUCGAUCAUUGCGAAUGUCCCCGCCGCUGUCUGCUCGACCAUUGUCGCAUGCCGUGUUGUGCGCAGGCUGAGCAGGUACACGUCACCGGGUGUCGAGAUAUUCGGCUCUACGAUGGCCUCCACCCUUGCAUUCACUCAUGGCGGUCGGAGUCGUGGUGGACCAGUGUUGUCUGUCGGAGACAAAAAGGAGGGAGUGCACGUUCAGAUGGAGACGUUCGCUGCAGUGUCAGAGACGGUGCCCUCGGAUCAGUCAUUCCUACAGUACGACGCCAUCGACAGGAUCAAGACGGAUAUCGAGAGCCUGAACACCGAUGCACCGCCGAGUCCCGAGGAGAUGAAGCGGCCGGUGAUCUAGGAAUACCCUGCUACCACACGAUGUCCUGUCGUGCCCACAUACCCACCCGGACCUUUUGCUCUGCUUUGCUGUCGCUGUUCUUGCUCUCGCUGUCAUCACGUCCUUUCCAUCUCAUCGUCUCUUCUUGGCAUCACAUGCACAUGCACAUGCGUGCCUGCGCGUCCGACUUCACCAUCAGCCCGU